AUGUUGAAACUAAAUCUAAAUUCAUUGAUUCCUUAUAAUCCAAUUUCAAAUUGCAAUGGUAUAAAACAGUCCUCGUUCCGAAGAAAGCGUCUUUUUGUUUAACUUUUACUGUUGUCUGGGUUUAUCUAUUCCUGUGUAUAUAAGUGCAAUUAAUGAGUUUUUAAAUCGAUAGUUCUGUUUACGUUUCGACCUGUCCAAGCAGUCAAUCGAAUUUUGACGUGUGAUAUUUAGUUAUUGAAGGCAUAAUUGCACAUCACAGCACGUUGGAAAUGGUAUAUAAGGUUGUUGCUUCAGCCCUUGACUAUUACUCUUGGCCAUGCGAAAUGGUGAAGUUGCAGUCUGUUUUGGGCCUGCUGCUAUAUACGGUGUGUAGACCAGUAGAGACCAGGCUGGCAUAUCAAGCUUGCAACGAGCCUGAUAUCGCAAUCGGGCUGUCGCAAAUAAUCAGUGGCCUGCGACCACUCCCGCUCUCCAUCUUGGCUCUGCCGGGAUUGACUUUAAGUGAUGGAUACUGCCAAAACGAUGCUAGUGGCAUUCAGGUGAACGACUUUCUACAACAACUACAUCGUCUCUACUACAAGUCGGUAAUCUUCAAUGACACGGAACUAUUCUUUCAUCAUGUUGAGAAAAAUCUCCAUGGUGCUAUUGAAUGCGUCAACAUGAUUCUAGACAAACCAAAGGAGAUAUUAAAACAUCUGCGACAGCGCCGCCUGGCCCACCGUCUUAGCCUGUUUAUAUUCUACUGGGGAGCCCGAUGGCCACCAAGACCACACACUUUGCACUUCGAAGAGCCGAUGCGCGUAGUGGUUAUAACCCGACCCCGUCAUAAAGCCUUCCGCAUCUACUACAAUCAGGCGCGUCCUGGAAGCGAUAGUCAAUUACGUUUGGUAAACUGGUAUGAUGGCGAUAAUCUAGGACUACAGCAAAUUCCUCUACUUCCGGCUGCUUCAUCCGUUUACGCAAACUUUGAGGGUCGUGUUUUCACUGUUCCAGUAUUUCAUUCCCCGCCAUGGUUCUGGGUUACAUACGGUAAUAAUUCCAGCGAUACAGACAAAGAGCUUUUAAAUCUUGACAGCACGGAUUAUAAUGAGAUGCGAGUUACGGGCGGCCGAGACCACCGUCUGUUAAUGCUAUUGGCCCAGCAUAUGAACUUCCGGUUCAGGUACGUUGAAGCGCCCGGACGUACGCAAGGCUCAUUGAGAUUCGAUGAUGCCAAAGAUUUGAAUGACAGCUUCACUGGUGGCAUUGGUCUGCUUCAGAGCGGUCAAGCGGAUUUUUUUUUGGGAGACGUUGGUCUCAGCUGGGAGCGCCGUAAGGCUAUUGAAUUUUCGUUCUUUACCUUGGCUGACUCGGGAGCCUUUGCCACACAUGCCCCUCGGCGUCUCAAUGAAGCCCUGGCCAUCAUGCGCCCCUUCAAGCAGGACAUUUGGCCAUAUCUUAUCCUUACAAUCGUUUUCUCCGGGCCCAUAUUUUAUGGUAUUAUCACUAUGCCAUAUAUAUGGCGUCGACAUCAUGUGAAAUUAGAUGAGGAACAGCUGGGGUAUAACUGCAUCUACAUGACCUACAUAAAAGAAAUAACCCCAGGCCAUGUAAUGGUCAAGCUGAAGAAAAUUAAAGUUCCGAUUGUCCAACAAAUGCCUAAUCAACUCUUCGAAAAGUGUAUUUGGUUUACGUUACGUCUUUUCCUCAAGCAGUCAUGCCAAGAACUUUAUCAUGGCUAUCGAGCCAAGUUUCUGACAAUCGUUUACUGGAUUGCUGCAACCUAUGUCCUAGCUGAUGUAUACUCAGCCCAACUUACAAGUCAGUUUGCUAGACCCGCCCGAGAAACGCCAAUCGAUACACUUCAACGAUUACAGGCGGCAAUGAUUCGUGACGGAUACAGUUUGUACGUGGAAAAAGAGAGCAGCUCCCUGGAGAUGUUGGAAAACGGAACUGAGCUUUUUCGGCAUCUGUAUGCGCUAAUGAGGCAGCAGCAACCUGAGGGACGCCAAGGUUUCCUCAUUGACUCUGUGGAGGCGGGUAUCCAGUUGAUCGCUAAAGGCGGUGAGGAUAAGGCGGUACUAGGAGGCCGAGAGACGCUCUACUUUAAUAUUCAACAGUAUGGUGCGCAAAACUUUCAACUGAGUCAUAAACUCUACACGCGGUAUUCGGCUGUGGCCGUUCAGAUCGGCUGCCCCUUUCUGGAUAGUUUGAACGAUGUGUGA